UGAUUCCAUUUUGGUGCUGGCAUCAGCAGUAAUUGGGUUCAAGAAUGCAUACUACGUAUUAUGUCCUACUUUUCUCCUGUCUACCAGUUAUCUGCUUUCGAGAACAAUUACUGACGUAUAUUCCCAGUACAAGUUCUGUUGAAAGGACAAUAAAUCAUCAUCAUGAUGUCGUACUACAAAGUGAAAACGACACAAUGCUACCAACUAUUGUGAUUAUGGCGCAAAAAACCGUUGACAAAGUAUUUCCAAAAGCUAAAGACAGAGGUGAUGAGGAACACGGCAACACUUUGUUCGUGCACUUGGCUUCUACCAUAGGGGUUCUCAUAGUGAAGCAUAUUGUUCCAAGGUUGAGUUGGUCUUUGAUUGUUGCUAAACUGUUUGCAAUGUGGCUGGAAUUGUGGUCAAAGUUUGUGAAUGAUGACACCAUUGAAAUGCAAAGGGAUCUCACGGAUGACCCUAAAGCAGUUUCAGGACCAAGUCAAUGUACUGAAAUGGCAAAACGACAAGAUGAUGGUAAGCUGUAG